CAUAUCGAGUAGGCGCUGCAAUGGAUUUCUCGUUAUAUGUUUGUAUAUACGUUCCGAAUUAUCUCCAGGCACAUAAGUUGGAGAUUUGUUAUCAAAAGUAGAAACGCCCUUAAGGCAUUCUUUGGAGCAGUCGAGUGCUGUGAUUCUGGUAUCUUCACGCCCCUGCGAUUACUCAAGGACUUAGGUAAUAGCCGCCUAUGUUGACAGACACGAACUGGCGAGUUCAUCUGGACGGAAACGAGCCUUCGGGACGACGCCAUCUUUCUGCACAGAGGGAAGUAACCAGUGAUAACGAGCAUCAUUGUUAUAGCGGUCUGAUAACUGGUCGGGUGACCGUGUUGGGGACUGGAUAAAGCAGUUGUCCUCAGUCAUGGAGAUUUGUAGGGAAACUUGGUUGCUUAGUGCCACUGCUUAGAGCAAGUGGUUGCAAUCGGACAGCGUUGCACUAUGGGAAGCGGAUUAAGCUCAAGACCAACUCCAUCAGCUUCAUCACGAGCUCAGCAACACCCGGUCUCACAUCUUAGACACGACCCAAACAGAAUAUCCGUCAUGCCAGUCGGAAGCCCGGUUUCCAACGACAAGACAGAAGGCGGCCCGCACAUGCUGCGAACCAACCAGGUGGCACCCAUCAUCAUCCGCAAUUGCCGGGAAGAGUUCCAGCAUGUGUCCGACUUCAAGGACCCAGUUGUUUACGGAUGUAUAGCUGACGGCAUGGUACAGCAUGCCCUUAUUAGGAAUCAGUAUUUCAUGGUAAAUGAUGUCAACAGUAAAACUGACCGCCUUGGUACCAUGGAAACCUACCAUACACCCAACGUGCGUUGUGCCAAAGGGUUUCCCAUCUAUGGCUGCGGACAGCCAUCAAAGAGGGGUUUACACAAAAUACUCAACCGACUCGAGGAAGACGGAAAUGACGACAUCAUAAUGUUCCUGCUUCGGGAAGAACCUGUUUUAUAUGUUGACACAGGGGACGACAUGGUUACCUACUCCCUCCGCCACGGUGACAAUCUUGACGAAUGUCUCGUGAACAGGGGGAAGAAACCAGCAGAGUCCGAGCUGUUCGAAGUGGUCGUCCGAAAAGAGAUCAUAGAUCUUGCUUGCCUGAAACAUGACAACCGUUUCUACUUCUAUGACGACCUCGACAAACUUGCCGAUGAACCUCACGAGUUUAACGUGGAAUUUGCUGACAAUGUCAGUGUCAGUGAAGAGAUCUUCCGGAGACCUUGUUUCAAACGGUCAAAUCUUAGGUACAAACGCAUCUGUGUUCCCGUUGACUCUGCACCACUGGAAGAAGAAUUCGAUUCCUUCGUGCAGGUUUUCAAGGAAACACCAAGUGUUUUCAUGGCGGAAGAUUCCCUCCCAGCAAUAAUCCUCAUGGACCACACGGGCAUCGGGCGGGCACACACGGGCAUGGUCAUGUCCUACCUCAUAUACUGCCAAAGAAAUGGCUUCCCUGGCCGAAAGGAGGACUUGUACCCAUCGUCGAAAACAGAGAAACUUAAACGGGGACACUCACGUUCUGAAAGGGGUGAUUUCGUUGCCGUGCAGUUGUUGGUGGAUAGUUUGAGGAACGGCCAUGCGGUCAAGGCUGAGGUUGAUGCUGUGAUUGACAUUUGCUCCGAGGCCGGUAACAUUCGGAAUGAAAUUUAUGAGAGUAAGACCGCUUUGGAAGGUCUCAAGGUGGAUUAUGUAAUACAGGGCGGUAGUGCAAGGGAGUACUACCUGAAGAAAUGCAUCGCCCAGUUAGAACGAUACUUCUAUUUGAUUUGCUUUAAUGCCUACUUACAUGACGAGUAUCCCACCAUGUUUUCGGAAUCGUUCAGUAAGUGGAUGAAGAUGCAUCCAGAGCUCUAUCGUCUGCUUGGUCAUCUCAAUGUGUGCGAGAGGAGAGCGCCACCUAGUCUGCUCACCAAGGAAACACGCUUUCUGGUGAUGGACGAUUACAUAGGUUUAGAUGUUCUCAGUUCUCACCAGGACGUUCAAGUAUCGAAUUUCCGCAAAAUGCCUUUACUUCCAAUAUAUGGUAUGGCACAACCUUCGAGCCAGGGCAUCUCUAAAGUACUUCAGUACUUGACGCACAAGAAACAGAGUCAUCCCUUCAUUGCCUUCUUCAACCUCCGUGAGGACAUUGUCCUUGAAUGUGACGGCGUUACGUGCGGUGUUCGCGACAUCACCAACUUGGAGGGAGCCAUUAACCUUCAUGGUAUUAACCAAAAUGAGAUUGAGGAUUUAGAAAAUGAAUACAAGAAUGAAGUUAUAUCAAAUAGAAAGUUGUUUGUGUAUAAGGAACUACACACAGCUAAGGUGCCACUAGAAAUUGACUCCGUUCUGACUCCCCUUGAGAUGUUUGAAGAGCAAAGGCCCAAGUUUACACCGGAGAUGGCCUACUUCAGACUACCUAUGCACAAUGAUUGUAGUCCGGAGGAAAAGGUUUAUGACAUGCUAGUUACCAUCUUGAACAACUUUGAUAACCUUGAAGUGCCUGACGAGUCCCCAGCCUUGGUAUUUCAUUGUCGGACUGGAAAAGGACGCACAAUAACCGCAAUGGCCAUUGCUGGGCUUUUCCUGUUUCACAAGCGUCAGGGCUUCCCAUACGGUACGAAACCCGGCGAACAAGAACGGAUAUCAGUGCCGAACGCUCAGUAUACAAAAGGUGACUUCCAGGUGGUGCAAACCCUUGUUCGUAUUCUACCAGAUGGACACCAAGUAAAACGAGAAGUGGAUUUCAUUCUUGACCAGAUCUCCGAGACUAUGACGCCAAUGCACUAUCAUGCUAGGGAGAUCAUAUUCGUGACAUACAAUAAGAUGAAGAAAGCUCGCAGCACCAAGGAACGCUUUAUUCUCAAACGUCGGAGUAUUGACUACCUUGAGCGUUACAUCUAUCUCAUCCUCUUCAAUGCUUACCUUCACUCGGAGAAAGACACCACGUGGGACAGGUCUUUCAGCUCUUGGAUGAAACAGGUGGCAGCCCCACACGGCGUCUACGAUAUACUUGAUAAUGUUGCCUUCACUGAAUUCGAAGAGAAGCCAUGCGACAUGAGACACAUUCGAGUGCGAUGGCGGGACAAGACGAUUCCACAAGGAUUCCAGGGGAAAUUUAUAUGAAACUUACAAAUCUUGAUAAACAUUGAUCCUACAUGUUAUAUGUAGUGCAGGGACCGUUCAAUGCAUUUGAUGCGUUGCCGCAGAAAUAAAGACAUGCCUCCUUUCCUGAUAUUUUGGUCUUUGAGAGUGAAAUUGAUGUCCGCGCAUCGAGAUCAAUCGUCUUUGUGACCUUUCAUCACGCCUCUGUUGGUGAUUCAAAUUAAUAUACCGUUUACGGCCACAAUAGUCUCGCCGGAAUCCUUUAAGAGUGGCUCCUCCAUCAACCCACACCUGAUAGAAGGGGAAAUUCUUUGUAAAACGGUGUUGUUCAGCAGUAUUACUGUUUUUGUUGUUUCAUGUUUGACAAUGAUGGUGAGGUUCAAUGCUCCCGAGACAAUUUUGAUAACAGUCCAUUUCUGCAAAUUUUUACACAUACAAUGUAGUUUAGUUUUUGUUUACAAGUAAGUGAGGAAUCAUCUUAACUUCUCGAUGAUAAAUUGAAUAUUAUAUAACGAUAUGCAUUUAAAUGUAAAUAGUGUUGGCA